UCUCUCAGUCGCUUCUCGCUUCUUUUUUUUUUCUUUUUCUUUGUUUAAUGCGGGCUUCAGAUCACGUUUUGUGUUCCUAUCAAGAUGCGCCCAGCAGUAAAAAUGUUGCUUGGAUUAAACUUUGCCCUGAGGAAACGCUGCUGCCAGUGUGUGUGUGUGUGUCUGUGUGUGUGCGCGCGCGCGCGCCCCUCUCCUCAGUGAGUGCGCGCAGGGCAGUGCGUUUGUCUGAGCGGCGCUGAGAGACGCAAAAGCGUGGAGAAGUUCUACCAAACUCGGAGGAAAAGGAUUUUGGAUUUACUUCAACGCUCUCAGGGUGGGUCGUCCAGUUUCUGCGGUUGAUCUCAUCCCUGUGAUCGAGCCUCGCUGUGUAAACACGCUGAUUUCCCUUCAAAACAUUCGGAUGAGCGGCAGAGGCUGGGAGGGGAUCGAGCUGUUCUUGUUCUUGCGACGGAGCUGAAGUCACUGCAUUACUUCUCGGCUGGAUAACUGCACGACUUCAUCCGUCAUCUUACUUGAUGUCCUGUGUGGGUGUUGGUGUGUGUGUGUGUGUCUGUCUGUCUGUCUGUCUUUGUUGGGUGUGUGUGUGUGUGUGUGCAGGUCACCUCCACUGCACCUCUGUAGUGUGAAAGAGCAAGCACCUGCAGGGGCCCUAUCAGUGGCCAGAACCCCCAUCACUGCAGCAUGGGCAACUUUUCCAGCAAAGACGGCCACGGACCCACAGUGGCUCACGGGGACAGUUUCCACACUCCUCCAGCUUCUCCACAGGGUGAUGGGCCUCCUUUCGUGCCUGGUGUCCCCCAACUCCUUCCCCCUACCUCGCCUCAACCUUCCUCUACGGCCCCGGUUUCAUCUCCACCUCCGGUCCCGGUCCUCACGUCCAGUGUGAAGAAAGUGCAGUCCGGCUCCACUCCUUCCACUUCUAGUCCUCUUCCUAAUUGGAGACCUCAUCCACCAGCCAGCUCAAAUAGCUCCACCACUGUCCCCAGAGUUAACCUGUUGCACAACAAGCCAGGAGGUACUCUGGGUAAAGGACAAGCUGCUUUUGGGAGGAAUGGGGGUCCUCCUACCUCCACCCCUCGGACUGUGGUCUCCCAGGGGAAGACUGUGGCAGUCAGCCCUACAAAGAGCCCCUCUCCCCCGUGUAGCACCUCACCUGUGGUGGGCAAGUCCUCGGGGCAGAAGUGGAGAGAAAGGGACAGUGGUCUGAGUCAGUCUUUGCUUCCCGGUCCGGAAGCUGGGGACGGCCAGGGUGAGGAAGUGGAGAAGCUGCUGGAGGAGUGCAGGACGACACUGGGCAUCACCGCCAGUCAGGGUGGGGCCACGAACACAGCCGAGAUACUGAAGCACUUGCUGACAGAAGUAAAGAGUCUGAAGAGCACUCUGCAGACAGAGCGUGGGGAGUGGCUGCAGUUCCAGGCGGACCUACAGGUGGCGGUAGCGGUGGCAGACCGCCUGAGAGCCGAGGCAGAGGAGGAGCUGACCGCGCUCCGAACGGCGCACAAGGAUGUGGAGAGGGAGCUGGCCGCCGCCCAGCAGAGGCAGAAGGAGGCUGACACGCAACUGGUCACCCUGAGAGGGGAGUUAAAGGAGAGCAGGCAGAGGCUGGCUACUCUCAGCCAGGCUCAGGGCAAAACUGACACCCAGGAACCAGAGAAGACGAGCGGAGAACCAGCCAACAACUCCGACAGCAAAGAAGGGACCCAGCGUGGCAGGGAGAGGGGGUUGCACAGGUCUGGGCGAGAAGAGGCGGAAAGUAGGAGUCAGAACGAAUUGACGAAGAAUGUUGCAAGCGAGGAAGCGAGAACAGACUGUAAAGGUGUGACUAAGCGUUACCUGAGAAAUGUGACCAAUGAGGACAGGAGCGGAGAGGAGGUGCGACCCACCGAGGCCCGACGGACGGUAACCACAGAGAGGUCAAGAAGCCUGUCCAGGUUACCUGUGUCCUCAAACUCCCCCACCAUGCAGAAUGGAACAUCCCAGUCCAACACUGCCACAACACUCGGACCUACGAACAAGAACUUGGCACAACUGAGAGGCCGAAGAAGUCUGGACUGGCAAGACAGCAGGUCAAGCACCGAAACAGGAAAACGUGAGGAGUCACUGAACAAGUAUAAUUCUGCCCUCACUGAGCUGCCACCCAUCAAGUCCCAGGAUGGCUUCAACAUGCUGCUGCGUCGCCAUGGAGGCUCAAAGAGAAACUCGCUGCUGCGCUGGUGUCAGAGCCGAACGCAAGGCUACCAGAACAUCGACAUCACCAACUUCAGCAGCAGCUGGGCCGAUGGGCUCGCCUUCUGUGCCGUCUACCACACCUACCUCCCCUCGCACAUCCCUUACAGCACUCUCGCUCCCGAAAACAAGAGGGAGAAUCUCAGUCUGGCCUUCAAAACAGGAGAGACUGUCGGGAUCGCGCAAACUGUGACAGUAGAGGAGAUGCUGAGAGCAGGCGGUCCUGACUGGCAGAGGGUCCUGAGCUACGUGGAGAGCAUCUACCGUCACUUUGAGAUGUGACUGCUGGAGGUACUGACAGACAACCCCCGUCCCCCCUCUAUGGUGGACCCUGAAGGACUCUUCAGAGGAAACAGAAGCAGUUGUUGAUAACGAUUGCUCCCUGAAUGCCAUAUUUUCCAUACCUUUGUUUGGCUCCUGGAAAUUGGGGGAGCCGAUUUCUCAGAACUACACAUUGCAACUUUCCAACAUCAAAAAUAACCUCUUUCUCUCGAUAAUAUCUUGGAAAUAACAAGGGCAACAACAGCGGUCAUUGACAUUUUUUUUCUGGCAAGAAAAAGAGUACACGAAGUCAACAGUGUUUACUGACUAGUAAGAACUGUUACUGCACACAAUGAAGUAUGAAGAAUGACGCAUGCAUUAUGAUGACAUGCCGGGGUGUCACCAUUUAAAUUCUGAAUGAAAAGUGGAUUUCAGUCAUCGCAAACAGAAGCAGAUUCUCUCGGCCUACUUUCCCCUGUCUGGCAUGUGUGUGCUGCUACACACACGCACGCACACACACGCACUGCAACAAGUGUGGGUAUUACAAUCUGUUAUUGACGGGUGAAAUGUCGUUAUUACAUUUUAAAUAAAUCACAGCCUUAAUGUGGUACAGUCUAAAAAACCAUAUUGCAGAUAAAUCGGACUUGACCUGACCUAUAUUUUUAAGAAGAAUAGAAAUCGAGACUCAACAGUCCAACAAUGGCACAUAAAUCAGUGCUGAAUGAUAAAAAAACAAUCUCUCAACCAAACAUUACAGGAAAAUGGUACUUUAAAGGGGCUCUGUUGUGCCAGAAGCUGGUCAUUCGUUUGUCAGCAGACUUAAUUUCAAAACUUGCGUGUAGUCACUGUUGCUCUCUGUUAGUAAAAUCCAACCAAAGUCCCUCACCAAGAAAACCAACAGUCGAUCCCAUUCCCACAGCCUAGAGAUGUGUCCUUAACACUGGAUGAAAAUCUUUCCAUAAGGCUCUUUGUUAAAGACAUAUUUCAUCAUGAAAUCUUUAGAGAAUGCAUUCAGUGAUACGACCUGAAGUGUCCCUCGACCAGGUAGGAGUGACGGGGGGGUAAAUGUACUCAGUGUUCUUACCUGUUCUUACCACAGUCGGUAAUUCAUUUUUCAUGUUGCAUGCAUAAAUCAGCUGACAUUUCACAUACAUCCAUGUGUAGUUUGAGGAAUUCAGAGGCCCUGAUGGCGAUACACAGUUUAUCAGAUCAAGUUAAACGUGCAGAGGUGACCAACAGAAAAGGAGGGGACCUACACUGAUUAAUUCAAAAUGUUGUAUUGUAGCUCAUUGAGCUUUUGUUAGCGUUUUUUUUGUAGCUUCCUUUUGAAGGAGGUGUUUGUACAGUCAGUCAGAUUUGCUGUAAAUGUCUCCACACUGGUACUUCACUGGCCGAAAGUACUGUAUUACAUCGUGCCCUUCAUUCAGUCUGUAAGCAGUCCUCGUGCUAUCUGCCAAUAUGUUUUGCCUUUUUAACCUUUUCUACUGUUUCCUGGCCCUGUUAGCACUCUGUAAAUAUGCACUUUUGUCUGCACGUUGUUGGUGUGAGAAUGUAAUAAUGUACAGCACAGAUGUUACACGUCUGCCGUGGCCUUCGAAGGGGCUCAGUAGACAUUCGGCGGCAAGGCUGCAGAUCAGCCGAGGUCAAACUCCCUCACGGUAAAGGCAGUGAGUGUGUGGCUGUCAUGGAAAUCUAAGAAGUGCCUCCGUGUUACCACAAGUGUGCCACCGCUGUUUGGUGCUCAGGGAUGUGCAUGACAGGAGUGAGUAACAGUAAGAUACAAGCCUACGCAGGUUUGCAGAAUCCGGUUGCGACAUCAUCAUCUGUCACCGUCACGCUACGCCAGUGCUGAGAAAACGGAUAAGUGCUUUUGUUUUGACAAGUUUAAAGGAUAGGUUCACCCAAAAAGUGAAAAAUGCAGUCAUCAUCUCGUGUCUACUCACCCCCAUGUCGAUGGAAAGUCGGGUGUCCACAAAGCAUUUUCUGUAGCUCCUGCAGCAAAAAACGGCGUCGCAGGAUUCUCCUAAGCAACUGGAGUUGAUGGGGAAAGUUUGAAAAAAAAACAAAA